GAGCUCGCCGGUGGGAUGGGCACCGGCUUGCCCUUAGCGCAGGCGGGGAAGAAGGCGGGCGGGCAGCCAGGUGCGCUCGGGCUCUUCUGCCCCGGGGCGCCGCCUCUCUGCGCCAAGCUCUGGGCACCCGGCUGGAUGCCUAGAUAACGGUCCAAAUUGGGGCGAUCUGGGCUGGACGCCGGGCGUGGCCGAGGCCUUCGGGCACGUCCCUCCUCGGGAUGCGAUCUUGCUGCUGGCUCGGAGCCCCCGGCUGCAGCUUGACCGAGGCCUGGAGCCAGGCGCCCGCCCAGCGCCGCUGUCCUCUGGGAUGGGGAAGCCUGGGCACCGAGCUGUGAGGGCCUGGGAACCUCCCAGACCCACACCAGACUCGAAGGCUCAAGGUCACAGAGCUGCGUCUGCCGUUUACAAAUGCCUGCUUUUAACUGGAGUGUUUGUAAAUGGGCUACUGUUUCCUCUCUUGGGCCAGGGAAUUAGGAUUCAGAGAAGAGGACUCUAAAAAUACUAAUCGCCGAGUCCCAAUCAGCUGAUCCGCCUUACUGGCCAGUGACCCUGGCCUUUCAAAGGAAGUAAGAGGGACAGCGCUUUUCACUCGGGUACUUUGUAUGUCUGGCCCUUACUCUGAAGACUGGCCUAGAAGUUUCAGAAAAAUGUGUCUUAGAACUGAACUGACCCUUUUUUUUUUUCCUUUCUGCCCUUUUUCUGUUCUCUACUUUUAGUUUAAACUCAUUCUUCAGGUUAAAGUGAUUUCCCCACUUAAACAGGUUUCUGAUGGACACCUACUGUUUUCUUGAAAACUUGCCCUUUGCCCAAGCUCUCUCCGGAUAGCAUUCCUGGGAGUGGCCCUUGUGUUGAGAGGUGUUGGUCUGCAUUUGUCAGAAAAGGGUGAGCGGUUAAGUCAUGCAAAGAAUUCCCGCAGAGAUGAGAGGUGUAGUUGGUAGCUGACGUGUUUGGGAUUUCUUUUUUAUUUGUACUUUCAAUAGAGGAGAAGCUAAUGUAUAUUAACAAGGACAUCUUAGUCCUUUUUAGAGUCUACUUUUAUACGACUAACGUAACUUAGUGUUGACUAUUCUUGUUUAAAUGUAUCAGCAAAAAUUAAAAAAUGUAAGUCUUCUGACUUUACCAUCUCUAUCUAUCUAUCUAUCUAUCUAUCUAUCUAUCUAUCUAUCUAUCAUCUAUCCAUCCAUCCAUCCCUGAAUCCUUCAUCUGUCAUUUUGAGACAAGGUCUUUGUAGCCCUAGCAGGCCUGGAACAGUGUUGAUGAGGCUGAGCUCCUACUCUAGGUGAUCCUCCUGCCUCUGCUGCCCCAGUGCUCGGAUUAUAGGCCUUUACCAGCUAUGCUGCUUCGCUUUUAACUGAAUAAUUGCCUUAAGGAUAUUUUUGUAUCUCAACAUUUAUUUAAAAAUCCUUUGCUUCCUUGCUGAUAAAUGAUAGAGUUGGGAUAUCUUCCAAGAGGUCUGGAGUCUUUGUUUGGCUCUCUAUUUACAUUUGCCUCAAGUUUUGAUCUUGUCUGAUAAACCUAUGACCCAAAUCCAGACCUCAGUCAAAUUUAGUUUCAGCUUAACCACAUUAAGAUGCCUGGUAUCAUGUGACUUCUAGCAGAAACCAAAGUGGUAUUUUGUUUAUUUAUUUUAUUAUUUUUUUAUGAGAGCUUUGCCACUGUGUGCUGCAGUUCACAUGCGAGAACACCACACUACACACACACACACACACACACACACACAUGUACACACACGUACACACACACAUACACACACACACACACACACACUGGUGGUAGUCCUCUGUCCCCGUUGACCUUGUUUUUUGAGAUAGGGUUUCUCCACAGGAAUUUAUCUUCUCCAUCUCUCAACACUGAGGUUACUAGCAUGCACUGCCAUGCUUGGCUUUUUUUACGUGGGUCUGAGACUCAGGUUCUCAUGUUUACCCCCAACUGAACUGUGUUUGCUAGGGAGUAACUAGACACACUCCUUUUGUGUCUGAUACUGGGAAUUGAACCCAAGGCUUCACACAUGAAAGUCAAGUGCUCUACCACUGAGCUGUACUCCUAGUCCUUUCUCGUGCUGUUUUGAGGUAUGGCUUCUGUAAAUAGCCCAGGCUAGACUUGAACCUGCUGUGUAGACCAAGCUGACUUUCAACUUGACAUCUUCCUAACUCAGCUUCCUGAGUAGCUGAGAUUACAGGCACACACCACCUUACCUGGUUAGUGCUGGCACUUGUGAAGUGUGACUGCAUUAUCAGGUACAGGUGCUUUGUCACCUGUGUAUCACUAUCCAAAGUCAGGGGUCUCUGAAAGGUCCUUAUUGACAUUGGGUUGUUAGUUAAGUGUGGAGUUAGCUUAGUAAUCCAGAGGGCUGUUGCUGAUUUCCAGGACACACACAGCUUUUAUCAAGUGCUUGACACAGUAUUUCAAGGGGACUUGCAGUCAUAAAUACAGCGGCCACAUUUAUGCACAAGAGACUUGGAUACGUAUACGGUAAAGAAUUUCAGAAAAGGUCACGCUCUCAUGUUAUUUUAUAAUAGCAAUUUGGGCAUAUGCACAAAAUUACCCGCUGCUCUUUUCUUAGGGUACAUCCUUUGUUUUCCUGGUUUUGGUCUCUUCUGUCAUAGGAUGGCAUUAGGUCUGUGUCUGCAGGUGCUGUGCAGCCUGGGUGGCUGGCUCUCACUCUAUACAUCUUUCUGCCGCCUGAAUAAGCACCGAAGCUAUGAGUGGAGCUGCCGGCUGGUGACCUUCACCCAUGGAGUCCUCUCUAUAGGCCUGUCUGCUUAUAUUGGCUUCAUUGAUGGCCCUUGGCCUUUUACCCACCCAGGCUCACCGAACACACCUCUCCAAGUUCACAUUCUGUGUCUUACCUUGGGCUACUUCAUCUUCGACUUGGGCUGGUGCAUCUAUUUCCAGUCCGAGGGUGCCUUGAUGCUGGCUCACCACACACUGAGCAUCUUGGGGAUCAUCAUGGCCCUAGCACUUGGGGAGUCGGGCACAGAGGUCAACGCGGUCCUCUUUGGAAGUGAGAUCACCAACCCGUUGCUCCAAAUUCGCUGGUUUCUCCGUGAAACCGGGUACUACCACAGUUUCACUGGAGAUGUGGUAGACUUCCUCUUUGUGGCUCUGUUCACUGGCGUGAGGAUUGGUGUAGGCGCCCAUCUCCUUUUCUGUGAAAUGGUCUCACCCACACCCAAGUGGUUUGUGAAGGUUGGGGGAAUAGCAAUGUACGCUGUGUCUUGGUGCUUUAUGGUUAGUAUCUGGCGCUUUGCGUGGAAGAAGAGCAUCAAGAAGUACCAUGCCUGGAGGAGCAGGAGGAAUGAGGAGCGACAGCUAAGACACAAUGGGCAUCUCAAGGCACACUAGCCAAGGCUUGCUCCCGGUAAAUGGGCUGGGUUGGAUUGGCCAUGGGACUAGAGUCAGAAACAGAACUGAGCUUAUAGUGCUUAAGAACUGAGCUUGUAGGGUACUAGGUUUUGAAAAAGGGCUAAAUGUAUCCAUCGCUUUAGUCAGUUCUCAAGCUAACCAUAUGCAGUGUUGAGACACUCACUCCUACAGUGGUUGCACAUCCUCACUGGUGACGGGCAAGUGGCAUUAUAUAGUGUGGACCGUUGUCCCUUGUUUUUGGGCCCCCAAUUUCAUGGGAGGCCUAAUAGAUAUUCAGACAGCUUUGAAAAGAACUCGAAUGAAUCAGUGCUGUCUCUUGUUCCUUUGGAAACAAUUCCUGAGUUCCAUGAGACAGUUUAACUAUGUUCGGCCCAUGUGCUAUAAAGGGAGGGACUCGCAGGAAGGGAGAUGCCUUUGACAUUCAGGCAUCUGUGAAUGGGAUCUGUUAUGUAAAGAGAGACAGAAGGUUGGGAGUGAAACUAGCAAUGGCAGACACUUCCCACCGAGCCUCCCUGCACUGACUGUGUCAGAGGUUCCCAAGGACACCCUUGGGUUCCAUGAUUCAUCAAGAAGACUCAGGGCUUAGCAUAGAGUCUCACAGCUUUGACUUAUGAUAAUGAAAGGAUACAGGGAAGACUCAGCAAAGGGAAAAGGAACCUUUGUCAGAGCCUGUGGGAUCUAAGUAUGAGUUUCUAAAGUCUCCUAUUUGGAUAUAUAGGAGUGAUUCAUGUCAACACACAUGAAAGUCAUCAAAGACUUGGUGCCCAGAGCUUUUACUGGCAACAGGUCAUGGAGGAACCUUCCUAGCACAAGGCAAAAUUCAAGAUUCCCCACAGCAGGCAUUCAACAUAAGCCAUAUUGCUUCAGAAACAGUUUAGGAGCAGUGAGCCAGUCUUAACAGUUUCUGUUGGGAGACCACUCUAAGCUCAGUUCCUAGGUGCCAGCCAAGGGCCAACAUUGCAAGCAGGCCUUUUCAAGGAUAGCAGUUCAGGCUUGCUAUGUUAACUCUUGUGUGUGCAAAAAACCGUAGAGCUAAUGCUUUGGAUGCAAGAUGAAUGAGGUGUGGGUAGAUUUAGAUUUACUUAGUCCUGUUGUACGGGUUCUGCCCUACCAGGAAAAGUAUGCCAGUUCUCAGGGCUUUUGUGAAUUAAUCUGCUAGGCAUGAGAGGCCAUGGCUAAAUUCCAUGGGGAUUUACCAUGCGGAUUCCACUGUACUUGAGAUGGAGUUCAGGUUUCAGCUCCUGGUAUAUACUGCAAACUAGAACCAAAGAUUUCAGUGUACGUAUUGGCCUCAGAGUGAUGAGGUUCCUUCCUUCCUUCCUUCCUUCCUUCCUUCCUUCCUUCCUU